GAAAAAAUUUAUUAUAGUAUUGAUUAUGUAAAAAAUAAAGGAAUGGAUCUAAGUGAUGAAAGUGUGCAAUUAAAUUUUCCGAAUGAAUAUUUAAAUUCCUUAAAAAUUCCUGGCUUACCUGUACAUAAAUUAAUUUUAAAAAUUGGGGCAAUCGUAAUGUUGAUAAGAAACAUAAGUAUAAAUGAUGGAUUAUGCAAUGGUACCCGAUUAAAAAUUUUGGAAUUACAUAAAUUUAAUAUAAAAGUUUUGAUAAUAACGGGAAGUAAAGAAGGUACCACUGCAUUUGUUCCAAGGAUAAUUUUAGAUUCCGGGGAGAAUUCAAAUUUACCAUUUAUUUUGUUCCGAAGACAGUUUCCUAUAGUUUUGGCUUUUGCAAUAACAAUUAAUAAAUCACAAGGUCAAAGUUUUCAAAAAUUGGGUAUUUUAUUCAAUAAACCUUUAUUUUCUCAUGGCCAAUUAUAUGUUGCUUUAUCAAGAUGCACAGAUCCUAACAAUUUAUUUAUUGAAUGUUCUGACGAUAAUGAUCAGGAACAUCAAAAAGAUAUCAAUAAUAUCGUAUGGACCGAAAUUUUUGAAUAAUUUAUAUGCUUAUUCCAAAUUGUUGAUUUAAUAUAUCGUAAUAUAUUUGACGAAUAAAUGAGAUAUUUUUAUAAUCCUAAUAUAUCAAACCAUAAAUAUAUUUUUAUUCUUCAACAUAAAUAAUUUUUUAUAAGCUAUGUAUACAGCAAAACUAAUUAUUUUUAUUUAGAUUUUGAGAUACGAAUUUGGUUACUUCCCCGUAGUGUAUCUUGGAAACAAAUUCAUUGAAAUCUAAAAAUAUAAUUGUUUUAACUUAAAUUAACUUAAAUUAAAUAAAUUUUAACUUAUAUUUAAUUUCAAUGAAGUUGGCUAAAAACCAAUAUUAAUAUUUAAUGCUAUUAAAACUAAUAUUAAUCAAUGCUAUUAAUUCAAAGAAGCAAGUUCAAAGAAGAAUGUAGAA